CGUCAGUGGCCACGCCCACGUCAGUCUGAAUGGGAAGCAACUCUUGUCUGUUUUCUGCCUGUCUGAUUUAUCAGAGUGUCUUCCCAUGUCCCUGAAAUGAUCAACUUCCGGUCUCUGUGGUUCCAGGUAAACAUUACGAGAGGAGGGCGACUGACAAUGGCUGACGACCGAGAAAUAUUGCGUGAGAUAUGGGAAGGAAAGGUUCCGGUAUGUUUUCAACUUGCUCAAGAAGAGGUGUACACUGGGGAACAACCCGACCCUUUCUUUCUGUUGGUGCCUCGUCUGAGUUACUUCCCCCUGGUCACGGACAAAGUUCUGCGGCACAUGAUGAAACAUGUGGACCCGGAGCACCACGGAGAGAUGUGGCUGGAGUUUGACGGUCAACCGUUGAAGUGGCAUUACCCCAUCGGAGUACUGUUUGAUCUGUAUGGAAUGUCCACCGAUUUGCCCUGGAAACUCACCGUUCAUUUUCAAAACUUCCCAGAAGAGGAGCUGCUGCGCUGCUCGAGUAAGGAGGUGGUUCAGUCUCACUUCAUCUCGGUGGUCAAAGAGGCGGACGCCCUGAAGCACCGCGGCCAGGUCAUCAACAGCAUGCAGAAGAAAGAUCACAGCACGCUGUGGGCCGGAUUCAUGAACGAUAAAUUUGACCAGUUCUGGUCGGUGAACAAACGACUGAUGGAGAACAGUGGGGAGAAAGCCUUCAUGUUUGUCCCUUUCAGGAUCUACAGAGCUGACCAGAUCCCAGUCCAGAAGUUGUUCAAGCCGUGUGCAGACAGUGGGGAAAGUUUGACGUUACGACAUUUGCUCAAGACAGCGGUGCCCGAACUGAUGGAGACUGAUGCCCUGAUCAGUUCGAGAGUCCUCAUCCAGGGGAUCGAACCCCCUCUGGACACACCUGUCUGCUGGUUGAGUGAGCACCUCAGCUACCCCGACAACUUCCUGCACAUUUGUCUCAUGCCCCGCGUGGAAGUCGAGAGUUAAUGGGGGCACGACCUAUGACCUAAAUUUGUUGCCCGUAGUCUAUUUGUGUCAGGACGUGAUGGAAUCAGGCAGCCGUCAAUUUUUAGGCAUAGUUAUUGGUAUAAUCCUAGAGCUUGUUUAUUUGUCUUUCUUUCGGGGGAAAAAUAGCCAUCUGUCAUAAAUAUCGAAGUGGAGAUAUUUGCAACUGAAGGAGGUGGGAACAACUGUUUUCUGGGGUACAAUUUGCGAGAAAAUGAGUGCCAAAGUUUGGUAACUUCUAUAGCUUUAGCAUCCUUGAAAACUGAAAAUGUAUGUAUUGUGUGCUAUUAAUCGACGUGUUUCAGUGAAAUUCACAUGCAAAUGUAUUUUUAUGUACACAUAAAAGGUGUUGAGCCAAAUAACAAAAA